GGAUGAGAUGCAAAAUUUCAUGAAACCUCAGAAGUACGUACGCGCCUAAUACAAUAUCAAACGAAAAAUUGAAAUUUACCGCCAAGAUUAGGCCUUUAAGUAUUGGCCAUGAGGCAUGAGUAGGAGCUGAGUCCGCAUUACAGUAUUUGUCUGUAAACAUCAGAGCCAUGGAGCCAGUUAUUCCAGAUCUCAAUGAACCAUUGCCAAUUUAUACAGAUGAAGCUGUGAAUGGUGAAACGCAGUCCUCAAACAACGGGAGAAGGAACUUUCUAAAUGAUGAUAUGCGUAGGUCCAUCUACUCCAUGCUUUUAGAGAGGACCUCUCCAGGUAAACUGAAAAAUGGAGUGGCAAAAUCCGUAGCUGCAGAUUCGGGCGUUCCAUUGAGAGUUGUUCAGCGUAUAUGGACGUCAGGGAAACACGGAGGCGGAAUUCAUGGAGUAGCUAACAAGAAGACCGGCAAUUGUGGCCGUAAAAGGAUUCAGAUUGACCCUCAGCGAAUCCGUGAUGUGCCGCUUCAGGACCGCACAACUCUACGUGAUUUAGCUCGUGCUUUGCAUGUCGACCCUACUACAUUGUGUAAUCGUCUCAAGUCUGGUGAAAUAGUACGGCAAACAAAUGACAUAAAGUUCUCCUUAACUGAAGAAAACAAGAAAGCUCGAUUGCGCUUUUGCAUCUCAAUGCUUGGCAGGGACAACAGGCAAGAUGAUCCAAUGUUUAGUGGGUUGUACAACAUGGUUUAUAUAGAUGAGAAGUGGUUCUAUAUGACGAAGAAGAAUCAGAAUUAUUAUCUGGCGCAGGGUGAAGAUAAACCAUUACGCACUGUCAAGAAUAAAAAUUUCAUCGAGAAGGUGAUGUUUCUUGCUGCUAUAGCCAGGCCAAGGUUUGAUGAAGAAGGUAACGAAACUUUCUCUGGAAAAAUCGGUAUAUUUCCUUUUACAUAUACAGAGCCAGCUCGUCGGAGUAGUGUAAAUAGACCUGCAGGUACCAUGAUCACUAAACCAAUGACAUCAGUAACGAAAGAAACCAGCAGGUCCUAUCUUGUUAACAAAGUUUUGCCUGCCAUCAAGCAAAAAUGGCCAACAGAGGACUUUGGACAUCCUAUCUUUAUCCAGCAGGAUAAUGCAAGAACACAUAUUGAUCCUAAUGAUGAAGAGUUUUGUCGAGUAGCAAAAGAAGAUGGAUUUGACAUUCGUUUGAUGUGCCAGCCUCCGAAUUCCCCUGAUCUAAAUGUCUUAGAUCUUGGUUUUUUUGCUGCUCUUCAGUCCAAACAUCACAAAGAAUCACCCAAGUCUGUUGAACAGCUUGUCAGCGCGGUAGUGAAAGCAUAUGAAGAAUAUCCAACUGACAAUUCCAACCGUGUGUUUCUCACUCAACAGUCCUGCAUGAGGGAGAUUAUAAGAGUAAAGGGCAGCCAGAAGUACGACAUUCCACACAUGGGCAAGCUGAUGUUGGAGAGGAAUGGUGAGCUUCCAAGUAGACUGAAAUGUGAUCUUCAGAUUGUGCAGGAAGCCGAGGACUACCUGAACUAGUGCCUUUUGUUUUAAAGUGUUGUCUUUUCUGUGGU